AUGAAGGAUACAGUACCCCCAAAGAGCGACUGCUCCACGAAUAAUCCCCUACGGAAUGUGAAAAGUAUUCUCGUAACAGGAUGUGCUGGUUUCAUUGGUGGAUGGUUUGUUCGCAUGAUAGUCCACGCCUAUGCGAAUCACUAUCGGGUGAUCGGGUUCGAUAAUCUGGACUCUUGCGCUUCUUUGAACAACCUCGCAAGUAUUGACCAGCACCCUGCUUUCUGCUUCGUGAAGGGCGAUAUCUGCAACUUUUCAGAUGUGAUGGCUGCAAUGAAGCAUCAUAAGGUCGAUGCGGUUGUUCAUUUCGCUGCUCGAUCUCAUGUCGACCAGUCAUUCUCAAACCCCCUAGCCUUUACGACCACUAAUAUUGUCGGAACGCAGAUCUUGCUCGAGGCUGCAAAGGCGAUGGGCUGCAUUCAAAGAUUCGUCUACGUCUCGACUGAUGAGGUGUAUGGUGAGAAUGAUGCCGACAGGUGCUUUGCCUUUACCGAAAAUCAACCUUUAAACCCAACCAACCCCUACGCAGCGAGUAAAGCAGCUGCAGAGAUGAUUGUUCGUGCGUAUGAGAAGUCCUUUAGACUUCCGGUGAUAAUAACGCGAUGCAACAAUGUCUUCGGGCCGUACCAACAUCCAGAAAAGAUGAUUCCGAGGUUUAUAACAUCAUUGAUGAAGGGCAAGAAGAUACCGCUGCACGGCAAUGGCACAGCAGUUCGUUCAUUCGUUUUCGCAGCCGAUGCUGUAACGGCGUUCGAUCUGAUAUUCCAUUGCGGGGAGCUUGGAGUAGUCUACAAUAUCUCUUCGCGCAAUCAUUUCCAAGUACGUGAGGUGGCAGCUAGGAUACUAGAAUAUUUUCCGCAAUACGAGUCCCAAGGCUUGGCACACUGGGCUGAGAUGGUGGUGGAUCGGCCGUUCAAUGACAAGAUGUACUGGACCGAUGACUCAAGGUUGAGGGCUCUUGGAUGGAUGGAGAAGACAGAUUUUGAAGAAGGCCUGGAUGCAACGGUGAAGUGGUACACGCAGCACGCGGGAGAAUUCUGGGGAGCUAGUUAG